AAACACAGAUAACGGACGACCGUCGUCGGGUCGUUCCGUAAACAUAAUAUCUAUUAAUAUUUUGGAGCGUGCGCGGGUUUCGUCGGUCGGAGUGAUAAACAUUAAACAACGACAACUCAACCGUUUCGCAGCUUUACGGUAAAAUAACAUAAUUAUUAUAUUAUAAAAAUUAAUAUCACCCAAUAUUAAAUAUUCAUAAAUUGUAUUCAUGUUGCAGCAGACAUUAUCCGUGGAUGCCAAUCCACCUUAUUCCGCGGAUAAUUGAGAGUACACUAUACUUAAUUUUUACUCAAAGGUAGUAAUAGUCAUUGCAACCAGUAUAAUAUGGAAAAAGUUGAAACUUUUGAACAACAACCUCCUCCACCUCCACAACAACACCAGAAUACACAGAUAAAACAGGAUGGAGAAAAAUCAAUAAAUGAGAACACUGAUGUAAAACGGCCAUUCAAACGUUAUAAAAUUAAUAAGGAAGAACGGAGGAAGCGACUAAAUGCUCAAAUGAGUCGUUUAGUAUAUCCCAAAAGCCCAUUGGUGGUAUUUUCUGAUUUGUUUGAAGAUGUACCAAUUCACAUACAAGAGCAUCGACUUAAUAAUGUUACGAGUUACACAGCUAUUUUUAUAGUUGAUGAUCAAAUAUAUUCUGCGAAUAAUAUUUCCAAGGCUCUAGCCAAACAAAACGCAUGUGAAAAUUUUUUGCGCACUAUGUUGACAAAAAAAUUAAGUGAACGAUCUGAAAAAAAAGAAGAAUCUCCCAUGAACUUUAAGAUGGAAGUUGGAGAAAGUGGUUCAAUAUCAAAACCUGAAGGACCCCCUCAAGAAGAUUUCCCAUGGCCAAAUUUUGCUUCAUUAGCUAUGCAUUAUUUAAUAAAUAAAUGGGAAUUACAGUCUGUUUUUACAAGAGGUAAUCAUGUACAAAAAAAAUCAACUGUCAUCAAACCACAACCUAAGGUGAAUAACCAUUAACUCUAAACUAACAGUAAUUGAUACAAAUUGAUUGAUUUUGAAGUUGUUGGAUAUUAUGGAUAUUUACUAUUGAAUGUAUUAUAUUCUAUUUUUUGUUUAAUAUAAUACCUAUUUAUUUGAAAACAA